AGACAUAUUGUAUAAGCAACAAAGGGGGCAAAUUGCUAGUGGAAGGCAAGAAAUGUGUUUAUUCAUUGAAAAUUUUGGAGUCAAAAGUAAACGAAACUUGGAUCUUCUUAAAGUAUAUUUUCUUGACCUCAUCAUUCCAAGGUACCUAACAAAUCUUUCUUGAACAUUACGUUGGCAAUAGGUCACAUAUAGAGUAAGCAAGAGACUACAAGAAUCCAUAAAUAGGACUUAUUUGUCUCACUUCUCAACACAAGCAUAACAAAAUCACUUAAUUCAGUAUCUUUACCAUAUGGGAUCCUCAAAUUCUCUUAUCCUUGCAUUAUUCUUGAUUCUCGUAUCAAAUUCAUGGGUUGCUACUUCACAAUCAAUUCAAGAAAAAUUCUAUAUGUGCAUUUCCCUCAAUUCCGAGCUUUCUAUCCCAUUUUCAACAGCUUUUUAUGCCCCUGACAAUGCUUCAUAUAGUUCAAUCCUUGAAUCUUCUGCCAUGAAUUUAAGGUAUUUGAUGCCUUCUGUGCCGAAACCUCAGCUGAUCUUCACCCCGUUAACUGAAAAUCAUGUUCAGGCAGCUGUUCAAUGCGCAAAAGAGGUAGCAGUUCAGCUUAGAGUCCGAAGUGGAGGCCAUGAUUAUGAAGGCCUCUCGUACAUGUCAGAAAUGGAUCAACCUUUUCUCAUUGUAGACCUAUCGAAACUUCGGAAUGUACAUGUAGAUAUACAGGACAAUAGUGCAUGGGUUCAAGCUGGCGCCACUAUUGGUGAACUUUAUUAUAGAAUUUCACAAAAAAGCAAAACUCAUGGAUUCCCUGGUGGACUUUGCACCAGCAUAGGAAUUGGAGGGCACAUAACUGGAGGAGCAUAUGGUUCCAUGAUGAGGAAAUAUGGCCUCGGAGCUGACAAUGUUGUCGAUGCACGAAUAGUUGAUGCCAGUGGCAGAAUUCUUGAUAGGGAAUCUAUGGGGGAAGAUCUUUUCUGGGCAAUUAGAGGUGGUGGUGGAGCUAGUUUUGGAAUCAUACUCGCAUGGAAAGUCCGAUUAGUCCCUGUUCCAGCAACUGUCACAGGUUUCACUGUUCCAAAAACCCUGGAACAAGGUGCCACAAAGAUUCUCCACAGAUGGCAACAAGUUGUUGAUAAACUUGAUGAGGAUCUGUUUAUCAGAGUCAUCAUUUUUAACGCAGAUGGUGCUCAAAAGGGCGAGAAGACGGUUCAAACUUUGUACCAAGCUUUAUUUCUAGGCAGAGCUGAUAGAUUGCUCCAAAUAAUGAACCAAAGUUUCCCAGAAUUGGGAUUGACACAAAAGGACUGCACUGAAAUGAGCUGGAUCCAAUCAGUGAUGUAUGUUGGUAAUUUCCCGCCGAAUACACCACCUGAAGUUUUGCUUCAAGGUAAGGCCUUAUUCAAGGACUACUUCAAAGCCAAAUCAGACUUCAUAAAAGAACCAAUCCCAGAGACUGGACUUGAAGGGCUGUGGAAAAGGCUUCUUGAAGAAGAAUCACCAUUGGUGAUAUGGACUCCUUAUGGUGGCAUGAUGAGUAAAAUUUCAGAAUCUGAAAUUCCAUUCCCUCACAGAAAAGGUGUCAUAUUUAAGAUACAAUACCUUGCCCGAUGGAACGAUGAUAAACCAGAAUCCGUGACGAAGCACAUGGAGUGGAUAAGGAAACUGUACAAUUACAUGGCUCCUUAUGCAUCCAUGUUCCCAAGAGAAGCUUAUGUGAAUUACAGGGAUCUCGAUUUGGGUAUGAACAAAAACGGUACUAGUUUCAUAGAAGCAAGUUCGUGGGGCGCCAGAUAUUUCAAAGACAAUUUCAACAGACUAGUAAAAAUAAAGACAAAAGUUGAUCCUGAGAAUUUCUUCAGACAUGAACAGAGCAUCCCACCUCUUCCUUUGAUUAUUCCAAACAGAGGGAAGAGAUUGAUUCACUGAAAACAGUUUGCUACCUAUGUAACAGCUAAUAAUACAGUAUAUUAUUAUGUUUUAGGAUUCUUUUAAGCUUGUAUCGUCCCUUAUAAUUUUGAAUGUUAUGAGCAUUUGCUUUUUCA